AUUAUGUAAGAAAACCUUGACAGUGGAUGAGACUAUUCUCUUUGUCAUCAUCAAAUAUUUUCAUUCAAAAUUUCGAUAUCGCUGAUCUAGAAAUAAUGGGGGACGAACAAUCCAUGAAUAAUGGAAAUCAGAUGAAAUCUAGUUCUACCGAUCGGAAAUAUGAUGUUUCUGCUGAAAAUAAUCAGCGUGUUGAUCAGCCAGUCCCUAGUACAUCCAGUAUCAAGUCCAGGAAAUCCUCAAAUCUACUAUCAGCCUUCGUCAAACGUACUCGAAAAAAAAACAAGGUUCCAGAAGUACAAAAAUCCAUAGAUAUCGCAUCUCAGAAUCUUGAUUAUGUUGCCAGCAAUUCUACUUUGGGUAUUCACACUGAAGAGGAGGUUGAACUGAUAGUGGAGAAUUAUGAAACUAAAAUAGGAGAUUCAUCUCAUUGUAAUAGAAAAAUGAUUAAAUCAGCAAUAUCCUCGGACUCUGAGCAUUCUUUACCACCUGCGCUGAAGAUAAAACAUCAAUUUUUCCGAAAAUUCAUGAAAAAACAUACUCAGAAUGACAAAUUGGCAGCAGAUUUGACCCGAGAGUUUACUAUUCGAAGUGAGAAUACCAGAAAUGAAAGCAGCACCAUAUGUGAAAAUCAGCAUGAAGGAGAUCACAAGUCAACCAAGAAAAAUUUUGCGAAAGAUGAGGUUAUGAGUAUCAUAACCUCAUUCAUAAAAAGUCCUGAGAAUGAACUCGACUUCAAUCUAUUAGAAAGUUUAAGAACUGUACAAGAAUUAACAGCUCGUUUGGAUGAGAGUAAAAGUCACUUACUCCACAUUUUCAAAGAGUACUUGAAGGAUGAAUCUAUUCAACAUGAACUCAUUGAUACUCUUGCUCAGCACUCAAAACUCCAUCUAGAUAUUGAACGUAAAACAAAUAGUCUUACCAAUGAAAUGUGGGUGCAACAGGUAGAGAUAGGCAGAAGACAUGAAGGAAUCUUACAAGAAACGAUAAACAGACUAGUUAAACAGAAUAGGAAAUUGCAAAUUGAUUACGAAGUUCUGUUUCGUAAACACCAAGAAGUUGUUUCAAACUUGCCGAACUCCCAUGAGCUGGGAUCAAAACAGAAAUCUACUCUAGAAGAUCAUAGUCAGAUGAUGCAAUUGAUAUCGCAUAAUAAAAAGUUACAACGCAAACUGGAAAAUGCAUUUCAGCAAUUGCAAUUCCUGGAAAAUGAAAUAUCGUCUUUACAAAAACAGAACAGUUAUGUGGAAGAACUACUGACUGCAUCCUCAGGAGAAAUUUUUGAACUAAAAACUCUUUUGCAUCGGUCAAGAACAAAUCAUGAUUUGGACAAGGCAACAUUUAAAAUAAAAGUCUACACCACUGAGAAAAAACUGAAAGAUGCCUUUGAAGCAGGAGACCGUUUCAUAGAAGAGCUCGCUGACAUACAACUCAGACUAAAAUCCAUUGAUCCUUCUAUGAAUUGGCCAAUAUCAAUAUGUAAAAAUAACGUAGAGUUGGUGGAUGUCAUUGAGAUGACCCGAUGUGCCUUCAGUGACCUAUUCAAGAAACUCAUGAAGGACCAUAUAGAACUAGCCAUGAAAAAUAAAGAAGUAAAUGAACUCCGUGAAAUAAACACAAACCUAGAAGAAAACUUGAAGAAGUCUGCAAUAGAGCUUUCCAAACAAAUUGACAAUACAGCAAUAGUAGAUACAGCUUCAUAUGUGAAAAAAAUAAAACUCCUCGAAGAUGAUGUCACCAAUUUACAUGACAACAUUGAAAAAAUUAAGUUAGAACAUGAUAUGGAAAAAAACACCCUAUUGAAAACUAUUUCUCAGUUUGAAUAUCUCAACAAUGAGAUUCUUGAAAAAAAUACUAUGAUCGAACAAACAAAAAUGUUCAUCAAUAGCAUAACAUCUGAGAAUAUGGCUCUUCGAAGUCAAGUAGAUGGACUGAACAGACUCUUGUCAGAAACUGGUGCAGGUGAUGUAGUGAAAGAAUUAUCGACGAAUCAAGAACAACUGUUAUAUUAUCAGACUCAGUAUCACCAGUUAGUCCAUGAAAAACAGCAACUCAAAGAUCAUCAAGAAGUGCUACAGGCGGACAACAAGGCAAUGUUGGAUCAACAAGAAACAAAUUACAAACACUUACAAAAACAACUCAAGGAGUUGGAAAGUAUUGCGAGAGAUAACAAAACUCUCAGACAACAAUUGGAGCUAGAACGUCAGACAGUUUCUUCUUUACAGAAUGAAAGAAAAAAGUAUUUAGAAGAGAAGAAUCUUUUGAAAACCAUUUUCCAUCAUAUGAAAACUGAAAUAUCAAGAGUACAAAAACUAGAAGGCACUGUUGCCGACAUCAGCAAAGAAGCAAAUAAAUUAGCGAUGAUAGCUGAAUAUAAUAAGCAAGUUGGUCACAAGCUGAAAUCAGAAAUUGUUGCCAAAGACAAAACAAUUUUGCAGCUGAAAAGUAGCGUCGAAAAACUCAAUGAUAUUCAAAUCAAGAAUACAAAAGAGAAGUUAUCACUGUGUUAUGAACUCUCAGAGGUUUGCCAAAUAAAAGAUCAGCUCAACAGUGUGCUAUCUUUUGAAGUUCAGAAAAAUGCGGAUUUGGAUAACUCAACAAAAAAAAUAGCACAGACAGCAAGUAGUCAGAUCAAGAUGUACGAAGAAUUCCAGAGGAAAGAGAGAUACGUAUUGAAAGAUUUGGUUAGAGAUCUGAGAAGUGUUGUUAAACAACGAGACACACUUCAAAAAGAGAAAGAAGAAAACCUCAAAGAACUGGAAGAAAAGAGAACAACGCUCACAAAUCAACAGAAUAGAAUAGAUGAACUCCUCAAGAGAAAUCACGAAAGUGAAGAGAAAUUGAAAAAUCUUCAAACAAAAUACGAUUAUGAGAAAACAAAAGUCCAACAAUUGAAUGACACAUUGUCAAAAGACUCUGAAAAAUAUGGUGACAAUGUUAAGAAACUCGAAAUGCUUAUCUUACAAUUACGAGAAGAAACCGAGGAGCGUCAGAAAAGUAUUCAGUAUUUACAAAAUAAUAUACAGAAAUUAUACAGAGAAUUGAAUGAAUCGAGAAAAGACGUGAAGGAAACCAAAGACCUCUUGAAUAAAUCUAUAUUGGAAAAAAAUUCUAUCGAAGCAGUACGAGAUCGUCAACAGAGAACAAUCGAGACGAUGAGUGAAGAAAAAGAAAAACUAGCAAAAGAAGUAGAGAGAGUUAAUGCACUUUCAGAGAAAAUAUUGUCAGAUUUCGAAACAAAUAUAAAAUCAUCAAUGGAAAAAGAAGAUCUAUUGAAAAAGGAGCUAGAUGAAUCAAAGGCCAUGAUAAUGAAAAGUAAUCGAGACUUGGAACACAUUUCAGGGGCGUUAGCCGUUAAGCAAGAUGAACUUCAAAAAGUUACUUACGAAUAUACUAGUUUGAGACAAAGAGAAAAACAACAUAUCGAAGUCAUCAAAUGUUUGGAAAAUCAGAAAUCGGAUACUAGAGAAAUGAGAAACAAAAAGGAAAAACUGGAAAAUGAACUGAUUGACAUAAAAGCUGACUACGAUAACAUCAAAGCAGAGUUGAUCAAUACUCAACGAGAGCUUGAAAAACUAUACAGGCAAUUGAAUUCUGUCAUGGAAGAGAAAGAGCAAGAGUAUCAAUUCUACAAAAAACAUAUGGAUGAUUCAUUGAGAAACAGCGAAGAAAUCCAAGAAAAAACCAAGAGUGACCUGAACGAACUCAAGAUGCAUCUAACUGAUAUAUCACAAAAAUUAGAAAACGAGCGUUCUGCUUAUUCGGCUCUAUCUCAAAUUCACAAAGAAGUCUCUGCAAAAUUCAUAAAAAGUAUCAAAGACGUAGUGGAUGAAAAAAAUGCUUGUCAAGAAGCUACUCUGAAAUUGAAGGAAGUGAGAGAGAAUCUUGAGAAUCUGAAGUCUGAAAAGGCUGAUUUACAGCAACAAGUUAAUAUACUUCUUGAUGGACUGAACGAUGGAAAAAAUCGUAUCAAUACUUUGACGCAAGAAAGAGACAAUUUGAAAUCAUCUCUUGAUGAUUUACAAAAGCGCUAUAACGAUUUGCUCAGAAAAUGUUUAGCUUUAGAGAAUCAGAUAAGAGGAACAGAUUUGAAUAAAGACGCCGAAUAUGAAAGUUUGAAGAAUCAGCUAGACAACCUGAAAAAAGAGUCUCUAGAGAGCAAUAACCUAAUAAUCAGUCUCAAGCAAGAUGCUGAUCAUCUCAGUCAAGAAGUAACGAAUUUGGAAUUCCAAAAGUCUGAACUAACACUGAGAUUACAUGAGACCCAAAGGAAAUUUGAGACUGAAAAUAGCUUAUGCGAACAGCUGAAAAAUACGCACAUGGUUAUUUUAUCAACGAUAUUGAAGAUGAAAGACGACGGUACAGUUGAUGCAAACCACUGUAACAAUCUACUGCACAUGGCUCAAAAUGAUUUCGAUCUCGGCUAUAACAUAGAUGAGAAAUAAAAUUUCGAAUGGUACCUGAAAGAUACCUACCUGAUAGUGAAACUGAAU